UAAUAGCUAUUCAUGGUAUUUAUAUUAAGUAGUUAUGGGUUUAGAGUGGACCUUGCUGUGUACGCAGCGUUGCAUGGAUCCAUCCCUUGUUCUUACUACAGGUCAAUCAUUUGGUUGGUCACCUGUUGGUGACGACACAUGGGUUGGCGUGAUUGACAGCUUUGUCAUUGAGCUGCGGAAGGCUGGUGACAAUGUCGAGUACAGGAAUAUAUUUGGCGAUUGCGACGUAAAGCGAUUAAGAGCUUACUUCGACUUGGACUAUAGUUACACAAUCGAUCGGUCUAUUGCUCCUGAUAGCGUAUUGCGUAUAGUUGAUCGUCGCGUCGGUGUCCGCAUACUCCAGCAGGACCCCUUGGAAACCCUUGUGAGCUUCAUCUGUUCGGCUAACAACAACAUUAAGCGCAUUACUCGCAUGUGCUAUGAGAUUCGUUCGUCUUAUGGUACCCUGCUGGGUUCAAAGGAUUACAAUGGGACGACCUUGCGUUUCUAUUCAUUUCCUACAUUGAGUCAGCUAUCCGCUGCUGACUUCACUUCUCUGGGUCUUGGAUUCCGUGCUAAAUACGUUGCACGCAGUAUAUCAUUUCUCCGAGAAAACGGCUUAGAGUGGCUGUUGAACUUGCGUGACAUACCUUACCCGGAAGCCCUGGAGGAGUUGGUUAAGUUGCCUGGUGUUGGCCGAAAGGUGGCUGACUGCAUUUUAUUGUACAGUUUGGGUAAACGUGAGUGCGUUCCUGUUGACGUCCACGUAAAUCGCAUAGCUAAAUUGCACUUUGGUAUUCGCGCUAGCGGCUCCGGCAGCUAUGACAGGAUCCAUGAAGCUUUUCUCGAAAUUGCUCCUAGGGACGCCGGGUGGCUGCAAGCCGUGCUCUUUGUGGAUUCAGUUAUUCAAAACUCCAGCCAAGUUACUAAGGUCAUACACUAGUUCUGGU